UUCGUGUGCUGCGUAAGUAAUUAGGGAAGGCUGACUCUUUGGUUGUAUAUGUGUUGUAGAUGCUGUACAGAAUAAUUGCUAUGAUUAUCACAUAUACAGUUUACUCUGUUUUGUGGCAUUAAAGUUGUAUAGAGAUAAGGACCAAAUAACACAUGACACUCAGUAACGUUGCUAUGGGAGAUUUUCUUAGAUAUUUGGGCAUCAACUGGACCUCGACACUGAUAUGUUGCAUCUGUAUUUUCCUGGAAGCAGCUGGCAUCACUUUGACAGCUGGGAGCACAGUGACCCUGCACUGUAGCAAUAACACAAUCGGCGACCUCCUUCAACUGGCAUGGAGAAGGAAUGGGACUCUUCUGUUUAGUUUCAGGCCACAGAAAGCCUCAAACAGCGGCUCUGUCACCUUAAGCAGUAAUCAGAAAACCUCAGGCAGCAGAAUAAUAAGGUCUCCUGCAGCUGCCACCCUGAAUCUGACCAUGUCCACCUUAGAAAGCCAAUUGUAUGCACUAAUCAUAGAGAGAGCCCAGAAAAGUCACACAGGAAACUACAAUUGUGAAAUGACCACAGACUCAGGAGUCCUUGAACAGAAAUGGGAGCUUGUGAUUACAGAAGGGAACAGCACUUCCAGGAUGGUCGGGAGCACAGUGACCCUGCACUGUAGCAAUAACACAAUCGGCGACCUCCUUCAACUGACAUGGAGAAGGAAUGGGACUCAACUGUUUAGUUUCAAACCACAGAAAGCCUUAAACAGCAGGUCUGUCACCUUAAGCAGUAAUCAGAAAACCUCAGACAGCAGAAUAAUAAGGUCUCCUGCAGCUGCCACCCUGAAUCUGACCAUGUCCACUUUAGAAAGCCAAUUGUACCCACUAAUCAUAGAGAGCGCCCAGAAAAGUCACACAGGAAACUACACUUGUGAAAUGACCACAGACUCAGGAUUCUUCGAACAGAAAUGGGAGCUUGUGAUUACAGACGAAGCUGAAUCAAGUGAAAUCCAUGAUGCCACAGCAGUUAUUGUACGUUGUGUGUGUUUCCUGGUUGUUACAAUUACUGCUUUGGCCAUUAUGAGAAGAGUCUGCAAACAACGAUCCAAGAACAUCACCUGAUCUCUCACUGCAAGAUGUGGAGACAUCGUCUGUAUUUUAGGAGCGGGACCACAACUCCUUUACUCCUCCGGCCUCAGGCUAUAACCCCCCCCUUCUCCAAUACCUGCUGUUCUCAUUUUCAUGCCCCACCCUGCCCCCCUUUUCUUUCCUCUCUUCUCCUCUCCUCUCUUCCUUUCCUCCAUUUAUUUCUCAUUAGUACAUGGGAAUCUGCUAGGCCCGAGAGCCGUUGCCAGUCCCCUUCAAGGCCUUCCCCAAACCACAGCACUAUUCACACUUCCUCAUCCCUCAUCGCCCAUUGUUACCAAGGAUGUGGUCCUUGCUAGUAAAUUGUAAAUACAGUGGAACCCCGACUUACAAAUACCCCGUUUCACGAAAAAUUCAAGUUACGUAGGCACUGAACUGCAAUAUUUCUUCCUGUGUUACAGCAAAAUGCCCGAGUAACGAAACCCGCUGGCUCUGAUUGGCUGAGCCUACAAUGCCUUCCGAAUCUUGUGACAACCCCUUGGCUUCUGUACUUGCGCUUCGCUGUUCCACUUGAACGACGUAUUGUUGUUCUAGUUAGCAAUUAGCCUAUAGCCUAUCGUUCAGCAUUGCCUCACUCAAAACGCACAAUGGGUGCUUCGACUCACGAAAAUUUUCGACUUACGAAAGACCCUCGGGAACGAUUUAAUUUCUCCUUUGCAGAAAAUGAAUACUCAAAGCCGUGCACAUGCCCAAAUGCUGCUGCAUUGUCUCAUUGUUUGCAUUGGCUUGGUGAGUAUCACACAUAACAGGAUAUCUGAUGUUGGCCAACGUCCAUUUUCUUUGCCUUGACAAACUUGCUUUUACAGUAUGGGAGGAGUCAUUAAUUAUUAGCACUGUGAAGUGAAGUCAGGCAUUCAGCUCAGUGGGAGUAGAGAGUAGCACCCUCUGCAACACUUGGAAUCUGGAAUCCGUUUAAUUUGUUAUGAAACAACAAGGGUACAUGUCACAGCUGGCCAUGAAACCACUUCUCAGCAAGUUGUGCAAUUAUUUUUAAGCUUUUUAAAAUGGGGGAUUGUGGAUGAAAGUGACUGUAAUUCAUAAACAACUAAUGCAGUACUUUUGUAAAACAUCUUGAAUAAAAGAUGAAAGACUGAGCUUUAAUCACAUCUUGAUCAUUUGAUUUCAAAUCCAGUGUGGUUGUGUACAGAUCCAAAACUACGAAAAAAAGUUACCAAAAACAUGUAGUUCUCCGUGCAGGCAAGUAGGGGAUCAAUCUGAAUUACCAUAUCGUCCACUUUAGGAAAAGAUAGUGAACUUUACUGAUACUGAAGAUAAUGAUUUUUUUUCCUGUAGGAGGAGCAGAGAAGAUCUUUAUGAAAACUCAUGGGAAAUUGAAACUUGUCAAACAUGCGGUCACAUUCAGCUCAACUAUUACCAGUACAGGGCUGAAUGACCUAAUUGUCAUGUUUCUGCGUCAUUUGACCCAGUGUUUUUGAAGUCUUGUGUUUUGGUGUCGUUUUUGUAUUAUUGUUUAUGUUGUAGGUUCAUUAGCAGUCUGUAAGUUAGUCUGUCUUGAGUUUCUUAUAUCCCCCUUUGGUUCCUUCUUUUAUGUGUGUGUCCUUCUGUCUUAUUUCACUUUUCUGUUCACAUGUUUCCCUGAGUGUUUUUUCCUCUCAGUUCUUGUGUCAUGUUGUGUGAGUUUUAUUUCAGUUUAGUUUAAGUUAGUUGUGUAUCUCCUGCACUCCAGCAAUAAAGCUGCUUUAUUGAGUUUAAGUCCUGCCCGUGAGUCUGCUUCUGGGUCCUAUUUUGCCUGCUGUGCAUUGCCAGUCCUUGACAUUAAAUCACACAUAACAAAAGAAGACACAACCUUUAGCUUUACACAUUGUGAGAUUAUUAUAUUAUUAUAUUAGUAUUAUUAUAUUUUAUAUUGUGAUUUUUAUCUGUAUCAUGAUUUUACUGGAAAGCACUUUGGUGUACUUUGGUCUUUAAAAUGUGCUAUAUAAAUAAAAUUUGAUUGAUUGAAUUUGAUUAUUAUACUAUCUUAUGCCACCGUAUACUUCUAAUCAAAUAAUUGUUGAAUCAUUAUACGGCUAUAGGCCACAUAAUGCCUUGGAUUAAAGAUUGUGAAAUCAUUACACUGUUUUAUGAUGCAUUGUACUGCUGAGUUAUAAGAAAUGCUGUUUGUGUAGAAUCAUGGCCUUUCUUUUCUGAUUAGAAAGAACAAAACAUACUGAACAGGAAGCCAAGUUCGUAACUCAGGCUCACUGAGAGAGAGAGAAAGAAUGUGGAUGUUUAGGUUUUAUGAUUUUGGAGGGGGGCUGAAGCUAUAAGAAAGGGAGAAACCUUCAGACACUUCGAGAUCUGGCGGACACCCUCCUGUCCACAUCUCCCGUCCGGACCUUUAUGCUCAGUGUUGUAUGGAAUAAUGAGAAUUGUAUGGAAUAAAGAGAUUGUUGAUUGAGCAUUUAUACACCGAGUACUGUUCUUCCUUCAGCCCAAAGAUCAAAGACUUGGGAUAUUUAACAACUUGGUGCCGUGUGAUCCGGAUCUUUGGUGUGCUGAGGAAGGCAGAUUUGGUCUGUGGUGAGAUCGUGAGACGAGGCGAACAGAGGACCGGUCCAAUAGAGUAAAAAGGCUGCUUUGCAGGCCCUGGAAGCCGAGGGUGACCUGGACUCCUGCUCUCCCCUCUCCCAUCUUUGACGUGACCCUGACCAAUCGCUGCAGCAGCUGGACCCACAACAACAACCUGAAAAUGUCAAUGGUGCUGCAGGAAAGGGAUCUUAUGCAGCAGAGAUGGAGAGUGCUAAACCUAAGGCCCGUUUCACUACACGGGGGGAAAUUCCCAGACAGCUUCAACUGACAGAGCUGUGACGAGACGCCCAUUAAGCCUGGAUGAAAAGUGAGGCCAAGCAACCGAAUGCUGACCUUGAUAACUCUGCAUUAACACUGUGCAGGGCAGUGACAGACCAACACGGAUGAUCGGGCGGCAGAGGAAAAGGGCGUGGCGGAGAUAGAAGGAGCAACUGAAGUCAAAAGCCACCCCAGAACAGACAAAACACAAGAAGAUGCAGGUUUCACCUGCGGCAAGCAUGGACAUUUGGGAAAGGACUGCCCAAAUUGGGGUCAGAACCAGGAUGGGCAGCACUGUGAGCAGCAGCAGUGGUCGCAAACAGACUGAAAAGGAGGAGGGCAGGACCCCAGGGCACGCUUCAGGCCGUGGUUUACCC